AAAACAAGGUGGCACUAUAGCUGAACAUCCAGUGCACCGACCGCGCAUGCCUCUUCCUUGCACUGACCGGACGCGAUGGUGAUUUUUUUUCACCCCCUCCAUCAUAAUCAUCAUCAUCCCUCUCUCUUUCUCAGGAGAUGAUGCUCAGCUCAGGCACACCUGCUUUCCACCUCUCGGCUUAAGUGUUAUUCCUCUCGAUUUUCCGUUAACCUUCUCUGCGGUAUUCAAACAGAGCUGCCUCAGAGAAGCACUGCCUCAGACAGAGCUGCCUGUGUCGGCGGUCGAUUUUCCUCUUUAUUUUCCUCUCCCUCCUCCCUGCUCUCGGUGAGGGCUGCCGGGGAUGGAAGCCCGCGCUAGUCGCCUCUUCAUGGACUUGCUCUUGACGGCUAUUCUCAUUCGCGCUGUAUCUCAGAGGUGCUGACUGGAAAAACAUGCCGUUGAAAUGGAAAAGCGGUUCGCCCGUCAGCUGGAAAUUUCCCGUGCCCGUCCUUAAAACGUCCAGGUCCUCUCCACUCUCGCCAGCAUACAUCCACCGGCACUCGUUUGUGGUGUGGACCACCCACUCUCUGCUUGCUGCAUCUCCAACCUAUCACCUGACAGGAUCACUGGUGGAAGAUGAUGAUGCUCAGAUGAUGAAGGUGUCCCUGGGAUGCAGUGAAAUGGGGCUUUCCUCCCACUUGCAGGCCUCAAAACCAGGAAACACACGCUUCUUUACCAGCAACACACACAGCUCUGUGGUUUUACAGGGUUUUGACCAGUUGAGGAUAGAGGGCCUGCUGUGUGAUGUCACGUUGGUGGCAGGAGAUGGGGAUGAGGCGUUUCCUGUUCACCGAGCCAUGAUGGCCUCCUCCAGCGACUACUUUAAAGCCAUGUUUACAGGUGGAAUGAAAGAGCAGGAUUUGAUGUGUAUAAAGCUGCAUGGCGUGAAUCGAAUAGGGCUAAAGAAGAUUAUAGACUUCAUUUACACCGCCAAACUCUCCCUCAACAUGGAGAACCUACAGGACACCCUAGAGGCUGCUAGCUUUCUCCAGAUCCUGCCUGUCCUUGACUUCUGCAAAGUCUUUCUCAUUUCUGGGGUGUCGCUGGACAACUGCGUGGAGGUGGGGCGCAUCGCCAACACCUACAACCUCACAGAGGUGGACAAAUACGUCAACAACUUUAUCCUGAAGAAUUUCCCCUCGCUACUCGGCACCGGCGAGUUUGUCAAACUUCCAUUCGAACGUCUCGCGUUUGUGCUUUCCUCCAACAGUCUAAAACACUGCAGUGAGCUGGACCUGUUCAAAUCUGCGUGCCGCUGGCUACGCUACGAAGAAGGACGCAUGGAAUAUGCCGCCAAGCUAAUGCGCAAUAUCCGAUUCCCCCUCAUGAGUCCAACAGAACUCAUAAACCACGUACAGACUGUUGACUUCAUGCGUACGGACAAUACCUGUGUUAAUCUUUUAUUAGAAGCCAGCAACUACCAGAUUAUGCCAUACAUGCAGCCGGUGAUGCAGUCGGAACGAACCAUGAUCCGUUCAGACAAUACCCAUUUAGUAACACUAGGGGGCGUGCUACGGCAACAGCUAGUUGUAAGUAAAGAGUUGCGACUUUUUGACGAGAAAGCACAUGAAUGGAAAGCACUGGCACCCAUGGACGCCCCGCGCUACCAGCACGGGAUCGCAGUGAUCGGGAAUUUUUUGUAUGUGGUCGGGGGACAAAGUAACUAUGACACUAAAGGAAAAACCGCUGUGGAUACCGUGUUUCGAUAUGACCCGAGAUAUAACAAGUGGAUUCAGGUGGCAUGUCUGAAUGAGAAGAGGACCUUCUUUCAUCUGAGCGCUCUCAAAGGACAUCUAUAUGCAGUGGGCGGGAGAAACGCUGCAGGAGAGCUGGCAACUGUGGAGUGUUAUAACCCCAGAACAAAUGAAUGGUCUUAUGUGGCUAAAAUGAACGAGCCGCAUUACGGACACGCAGGCACUGUUUACGGAGGAUACAUGUACAUUUCAGGUGGAAUAACUCAUGACACCUUCCAGAAAGAGCUCAUGUGCUUCGACCCGGAUGCAGAUAAGUGGACUCAGAAGGCUCCAAUGACGACGGUCCGUGGCCUGCACUGCAUGUGCACAGUGGGCGACCGCCUCUACGUCAUCGGCGGAAACCACUUCCGGGGCACAAGCGACUACGACGACGUGCUGAGCUGUGAGUACUACAGUCCCGCCUUGGACCUGUGGACGCCGAUCGCCGCCAUGCUCCGCGGACAGAGCGACGUGGGCGUGGCCGUGUUUGAGAACAAGAUCUACGUGGUGGGCGGCUACUCAUGGAACAAUCGCUGCAUGGUGGAGAUCGUCCAGAAAUACGACCCCGAGAAGGACGAAUGGCACAAAGUGUUCGACUUGCCUGAGUCCCUGGGUGGCAUCAGAGCCUGCACUCUGACCGUGUUUCCGCCCGAGGACCUCUCACUCAGCGGCUCACCGAACCGCGAGUCUCCUCUGUCAGCUCCUUGA